AUGAACGCAAAGGGCGUAGCAGGAGGCCGUAAGAAGGCCGCAAAGGCUGUAACAAAGUCUGCCAAGGCUGGCUUACAAUUCCCAGUUGGCCGUGUUGGAAGAUACUUGAAGAACGGAAGAUAUGCCAAGCGCGUAGGUGCAGGAGCACCAGUAUACUUGGCAGCCGUCCUCGAGUACUUGGUCGCCGAAGUCUUGGAGCUUGCAGGUAACGCUGCUCGCGAUAACAAGAAGUCGAGGAUAGUACCACGUCACCUCCAGCUCGCUGUGAGGAACGACGAGGAACUUUCCAAAUUCCUUGGUGGCACCACCAUAGCCUCAGGAGGUGUCAUGCCAAAUGUCCAGGCAGUCUUAUUGCCUAAAAAACAUAAGAAGGAUAGGGAUUAA